AUGGUCGGGGCGAGGGAUAACAACUGCAAAGUCCGCAGCAUCUGUAUCGUCGGUGCCGGCCCGUCCGGCCUGGCCGCAGCCAAGUACUUCAUCGCUGAAGAAGCGUUUGACCGCAUUGUGUUAUUCGAGCAGCGGGACAAUGUCGGUGGCCUCUGGAACCAUCUCCCACGUCCGGAGGCAGGGAAACUCGCAUCUGAAGUGCCUCAGACGGAUCCCAAUGGCGGAUACGGAGAUGGCUCUCCAGAAGAUCCACUCGUCUGCUCGCCUAUCUACGACCUCCUAGAGACCAACAUACCGCGAGGUCUGAUGGGCUUCUCUGAUCAAGAGUGGCCCUCGAAUUGUCAACUCUUCCCCAACCACAAAACUGUGCUUCGCUAUCUGGAGGACUACGCGCAGGAUGUGCUCCAUCUCAUCCGAUUUAACAACAAGGUCCUGGACAUCACGCAAACGUCAAACGGGCGUUGGCUGAUUGAGAGCCGAAAGACCACGCACGAUCAGUUGCCUAACCAAUCCGAGACUUUUGACGCUGUACUGGUCGCCAGUGGCCACUUCGAUGUCCCAUACAUUCCGUCUGUAAGUGGCAUUACGGCAUGGCACGAUACCUACCCCGGCAGCAUCACCCAUUCGAAGUUCUACCGACACCCAUCCGACUUUGCGGACAGGAAAGUCGUUGUUGUGGGUAACUCGGCAAGUGGUCAAGACAUUGCGAAUCAAGUAAGAUCCGUCAGUAGAAAGCCAUUACUGCAAUCUUCAAAGGCUCCUGCGCAGGCUUCUUCCGCAUCAAAGCUCGAGAAGCCUCCGAUCGUGAAGUACGAGACGGAGGGUCGCUGUGUCCACUUUGCUGAUGGGACCGUGGAAACAAAUGUCGACUCGAUCCUCUAUUGCACGGGAUACUUCUAUUCCUACCCAUUCCUCAGAAGCCUCCAGCCACCAGUCAUCACUUCCGGCGAAUAUGUCGAGAACCUGUACCAACACAUGUUCUACCGGCCUCGCCCAACUCUGGCGUUCGCAGCACUCAAUCAGAAGAUCAUCCCAUUCCCCGUUGCUGAAGCUCAAUGCUCCAUGGUCUCUGGAGUGUGGGCGGGACGACUGCGUUUGCCUGAGGAGAGCGAGAUGCGAAGAUGGGAGCAACGGACCCUCGAAGACACUGGUGGAGGUCGUAACUUCCACGUACUGAAGUUUCCUAAGGAUGCCGACUACAUCAAUAUGCUGCACGAUUGGGCGAUGAACGGGACAGAAUCGAGUGGCGAGAGCUGUGCUCGCUGCAAAGAGGCUACACCCUGCAAUGGCGCUGGCAAAGCGGCGGUGGGCAAAGGUACGCUGGUGCGCAAGGAGCCUCCUUACUGGACGGAGAAGGAGUACUGGACUCGCGAGCGCUUUCCCGAGAUCAAGAAGGCGUUUCAAGCCUUCGACGAGGAGAGGCAUACGAAGCGCUCGCUUGAGGAGGUGGGAUUCGAUUUUGCCAAGUAUAAGGGGGAUAGGUGGGAGUGGAUGGUGUGA